AUGAAGCGAACACAGGACAUCCGGAAACAACUAUUAGGGAUCAUGGGCAGACACAAACUGCUGAUGGUCAGUUGCGGACGGGAUGUGUCUAGAGUUCAGAAGGCGAUCUGCUCGAGAUUCUUCCGAAAUGCGGCGAAACGCAACUCGCAUGAGGGAUACCGUACGCUCACCGACGGACAGAACGUCUAUAUUCAUCCGUCGUCGACGUGCUUCCAACAUCAGCCCGAAUGUGUUGUCUACCACGAAUUAGUCAUGCCCACCAAGGAGUACAUCAGAGAGGUAAAGGGGCUACUGUAGAAAAAGUAGCUAAAGUUAGGCUGGCAGAAAGGACGUUUUGAGGCGCCUCUAGCCUCUUUGGAAGGCGAAUGCGACCCGCGCCUCCGAAUAAAAGGGCGUCUGUCGCCUUCGCCUUCAGUAGAGACGAAUUUCACCUCAGGACCCGGAAAAGGGGCCUCAACAAUUUUUAUGACUUUAGAAAUGAAAAGUUGAAAAAAAACUACGGUUUUUUGGUUGGGGCAUUUUACGCCGAGGGCGACGGGCGCCUUUCGCCCUCUCCUUCAGAGGCGAGGGUAGCCCACGUCUCUAUUUUGACGUGACUCGAGGCGGGCGCGGGCGAUCCUCCGCCAUCCUAGCUAAAAGUACGGAAUACUGUAAAAACAUCAUUGAUUUACUAGUUUUGACCUUAGAAUGUGGUAUCUCUAAACUGUAACUUUAUUAUAAACAUUCUGCGCUACUGUAACUGAAAGCGCAGUAAAACUUGGCAGGAUUACUGCGUUGCUGCAGGAUUGAUUGAGGUACGGUAGAGUUGGCAUAGAAUUCAUUGAGAGUUACUGUAUCUAGGAACUUAGUAUAACUACGGUAAUCCUUAUCAUGAUCCCUUUGAGAUAUUGUAGCUUCGAAUUUGCAGAUGACCGCAAUCGACCCGAAAUGGCUCGUCGAGUUCGUUCUUCAAACUCGGCGGCUCGACGGAAUUGUCAAAUUUGAAGCGGAAUCAGAAGAUCGAUCCGCUCUUCGACAAGUACGCGGAUCCGAACGCGUGGCGCCUCACUCAUGUCAAGAAAAGGAUAUACAAUCCGAACAAAUAAUUUAUAUUUCUCGCUUUUUUGCUGUUUAGUGUACCCGACUUGUAAAUUCGUUUGUUCUGAAUAACACCCAAGUGAUUCUGAAUAAUCUCAUUUAUUAACGAAUCGAUUAAGGAGCGACUACGCAAAGAGCGCCAAAGUUCCGCCAAAGCAAAUAGUCCGGGUCGUUGGGCGCCUGGACGAAGUUGCAGUAGAUGUCGUUGAGCAGAGCGUUACGGUUGGAGUUGCCCGAGAGAGAGAGAGUAGACGGCGAAUUGGAUGCACUCUUCGAUGUCACUGAAAUAAAAAAGUAUUGUUUUUCUAGAAGAUCCACCCUUAUUUGAGGUAUUCUAGUCUUAUGGUAACUGUAACACUACCAAAAAGAAGCUACUGUAUCCUUUUAAACUCUUAUGUUACUUUAGUAUUGUAAUUUUAAAAGUUAUAGGAUUAUUAUAGAAAAUCCGGUGUUGAAAAUCUUUCAACACUCUUUUUUCGAAUCUUCUUGGCACGGUGCCAUGACGUUUCCAAAUCCCAUUCGUACUUUCCCAUCAGAGUCUUUCGUCGGCGUCCUUAUCGCUAAUCUCCCCCGGUAAUCAAGAACGCAGGAAUUUCAGCUUCAAGCGGAUUUGCGGCAAAUUUCAAACCAAUCGACUUAAUUACCGUUGGAGAUUAGUGAUAAGAAGGACUCCGAUGGGAAAAAACGAUUGGGAUUUCGAAGCGUCAUGGCACCGUGCCAAGAGGAUUCGAAAAAAGAGUGAUAAGGAAUUGAAGGAUUUCCGAUUUUGAAUGCAAGCAUUCAACACAGAGUCGAUAGUUCGAUCGGUCUGUAACCUGGACCCAAUAUACAGGGGAAAAGUAUGGAAACAUGCUGAAAUUUGUGUAAAUGCUGAAUCCCUGAGUUCAGCAUGUCUAUAUUAUGCAUAUUUUGUAAGACGUGAGAGAUAAUCCUAUUCUCUUUCUCGCGAUUCUCACGUUUGUACGUUACUGUCAGGUUUUCGGAUACGGCGGCCGACGCAGGUAAUCCGAACGGCCCAAGCGCUCGUUUUCUGAUCACCUGCGAUGCAAACGUGCAUAUCUGUCCGUUCUCCAGAAAAUACAUAAAAAUGGGAGAGGGGUGUUCCGUUUUUCUUCCAUUUUUUAUCGCUGAUCGGAAUAAUAAAAAGAUCAGCACCAAAAAUUCUGACAUAAAAGCGCUCCGCUCCGCCAGGAAAUUCAUUCGCAUCCAGCCAGUCUUCCGGAUUCGACUCUCUUCUCUCCAGGAAAAACGAAACGACAUGAUGUAAGUUAUUUUCAAGCGUUCAGCAUUAGAGAAAAUGCAAAAAGUUCCAUCACGAGAAGACCAUUCAUCCCUAAUAUUCAAAUUCUGAAAUGUUGCUGUUUCAGGUUCGCUCCUCGCCUCAUCUCGUCCGCCGGGACUUCUUCUCCGAUGCAAGCCUCAGCGCAAUCCGAGCCAAAACAGCCAGACACACCCAGACCUAA